UGCCUGAUCAGAAUCAUCUAUCAGUUACCACGGCUCUGCUUAGCUAGCUCUACUGGGUCCCUAGCUAGCUGUCACAGUAGCAGAAAGCGGUGACAGCUGAAAAUAGUGUUUUAUCCUUGGCUGUGCGCAGAAUACAACCGCCACGAUGUUUGAGGAGGCUAGUGAAGUGUUCGAUAACAUGUUUAAAUCCUCUUUCCCCCUCACCUUUAUUGUGUUUAUCCCCGCGGUGCUGAUCCUGGUGUCCCCGCUCCCGGCCGAGGCUGCACAUGAGUUCACGGUGUAUCGCAUGCAGCAGUACGACCUGCAGGGGCAGCCCUACGGUACCAGGAAUGCCAUCCUGAACACGGAGGCCCGUACUGUGGAGGCAGAAGUACUAAGUCGUCGUUGUGUUAUCAUGCGGCUGGCAGACUUCUCUUAUGAAGAGUACCAGAAGGCCUUGCGGCAAUCAGCUGGUGCUGUUGUCAUCAUCCUACCCAAGAACAUGUCUGCUGUGCCCCAGGACAUAGUACAGCAGUUCAUGGAGCUUGAGCCAGAGAUGUUGGCCACAGAGACCAUUGUCCCAGUCUACUUUGCUGUGGAGGACGAUGAGCUGCUGUCCAUCUACACCCAAACCUUGACCUCCUCCUCCUCACAGGGCUCCCUAUCAGCAGCUGAAGUGCUGCUGCAUACAGCCACAGCCAACGGCUUCCAGAUGGUCACCAGUGGAGCUCAGAGUAAAGCCGUCAGUGACUGGGCCAUCACCAGUUUAGAGGGUCGCCUGGCUGGAGUCGGAGGAGAGGAUUUGCCCACUAUAGUGGUGGUUGCUCACUACGACUCCUUUGGUGUUGCACCAUGGCUGUCGUACGGUGCAGACUCAAACGGGAGUGGAGUGUCCAUGUUACUAGAGCUGGCUCGUCUCUUCUCAAAACUUUACACCUACAAGAGAACGCACGCAGCGUACAACCUCCUGUUCUUUGUGUCUGGAGGAGGAAAGUUUAACUACCAGGGCACAAAACGUUGGCUGGAGGACAAUCUGGACCAUACAGACUCCAGUCUGCUGCAGGACAACGUAGCCUUCGUCUUGUGUUUGGACACUCUAGGAAACGGAGACACCCUGCACCUGCACGUGUCCAAACCCCCUAAAGAAGGAAGUCCUCAGUAUUCUCUGCUCAAGGAGCUGGAAAUGGUGGUCUCCAGUCAAUACCCAGAGGUCAAGUUCUCAAUGGUCCACAAGAAGAUCAACCUGGCAGAUGACAUGCUGGCGUGGGAGCACGAACGCUUCGGGAUCCGUCGGCUGCCAGCCUUCACGUUGUCCCACUUGCAGUCCCACCGCCUGGCUCAGCGCGCCAGCAUCAUGGACGUGCGGUCAGUGUCCCCCUCCUCUCGCCAUGGAGCGGGAGAGCCCCCUGCUGGGCCUCAUGUAGACUUAAAAAAACUCAGCAGGAACACCAAGGUGGUAGCAGAGGCUUUGGCGCGGGUCAUAUACAACCUCACAGAAAAGGGUGCUCCUGAAAACCUGCAGAUCUUCACUGAACAGAUGCAGGUUCAGGAAGAGCAGCUGUCAGCAGUGGUGGACUGGCUAACAGCGCAGCCCAGAGCUGCUCAGCUGGUGGACAAAGACAGCAGCUUAGUGUCCACUCUGGAGUAUCACCUCGGACACUACCUCAAAGACGUCAAGAGACACUACGUCAAAGCUGACAAAAGGGAUCCAGAGUUUGUAUUCUAUGACCAACUGAAGCAGACAAUGAAUGCUUACAGAGUGAAACCUGCUAUUUUUGACUUAUUGCUAGCAGUCUGCAUUGCAGCUUACUUGGGGAUGAUGUAUCUUGCUAUCCAGAACUUCGGGGUUCUUUACAGUAUUGUCCGCAGAAUCACCCAACCCAAGACAAAGACCCAUUAAGGUGCACAACACUACUUAUGUUUCCAGAUCUCACCCUUUUCUCAAGUCAAGAAACUUUAGCCAGUAAGAACACGUGUGCUGGGCUGAGGAGCUGUUCUCAUGACGGUUUUCAAACCAGCAGAAUCACUUCCGCACCCUUCAUCCCCGCCCACAAACGAUGAUGUCAGAUCCUGUCCUGCUGCCAAUUGAAUCCAUUUGGUCUGAUGGACCAGAAUAAUCAGGAAUCAUUUUUCACUCUUCGACACAAACAGAGCAUUUCAUUACCUGACUCCUUGUGAUGGAUGUAAAGAAUUUGUCCAAAUCUUUGAGAUUAUUUGAGUUUUCGAUGUUGCUGUAUCACCGAUGGCUCCUCAAUCCUCUUCUCAGUAUACUGUAUGACUGGUUGAUCUGCCAAACUGAUGUGUUGUUUCAGGCAGCUACAGGGAGAAACUUACCACACAGGGUUUUAGCCCCAAAUUUCUUUAGAUAAGAGAUCUGCUCCUCUUCUGUUCUGUGAAAGGAAAGGUUUUUAGUUAUAUGGUCUGUCUUUAUACAAUACCUAAACUCCUUUGAAAAAUCCUGCAAAAGUAAUUUGCCAGUAAUCAUUUUUCAUUACUGACUGUGGAGAUAUCCGUCUAAAUCCACAGUCCAUGCUCUGUGCAGUGACACUUUUCAUGUUCGCUCUUUGUAGAAGUGACCCAUCCACAGCUCCUCACAGAAACUCUUGAAGGAAACAAAUACAGGGAUAUUUUCAUUUCAAAAGAACAACAUUUAAAUAUUUUCGAUUAGUCAUGUCCUGUACAAAUGAAAUGAUUAGACAGACAUAUUACAAUCCUGAACUGUUUCUUCUUUUUAUUCAGAUCAUGUCAGUCAUUCUAAUUGGUACAGGGGUAAGUUUGAAUAAAUACUACAAAAGUGUCAUUUCAAAUAAAUAGACUAUCUAAAUUGACUGGUUGCUCAAUGCUUACAUAAGUAAAAAAUUAGAUAAUGAUGUCAAACAUAGAGGAUAGAAAAUAUUUGACCAUUAAUUUUCUUUUAAUAGCCUUUUAGACUUAAUACUCCUUCAUCCCUUACUAAUGUCCACAUACGAGCCUGCAGGCAUUGUGUUGAGACAGACCUGGAAGUAACGUAAAACCCUCCUUUAACAUUCUGUGAAAAUGACUCCUAACACAAGUUUACCAAUAAGACAAGUUUGUCAGAAAUAAAUGUGAAGUAGUGAUAGGUAGUAACCUUGGUAGUGGUUUUAUGAAAUGAAACUUUCAGAUGAAUGGGGAAAAAAAAAAUCCUUGCUAAAUUAUAAUUGUACGUAUCAACCCUCUCCUCCUCCCCCCCCAUCAUAAAAUAGUUCUAGAAUAUUAAAGCUGAAUCAACUUUUCAUUCCUCUUGAUUCUUUUUUAUCACCUAUAUCUGAACAUUGUUACCUGUUACCAUUUGACCUGGUGUGUCUUAUUUGUACUUUUUAAAGAUCCUGAAAUGAUUUCAAGUCAUGCAGUUAAGGUCAUCUGAAAGUUCAUGUGAAGUAAAGGUUUCAAGGUUUUCUGUCUAAUCAGAGCACGUGUGUGUUAAGGGUGUAAAAGUGGAUAGACAACGCGUUAAGAUAAAAAUCCCCCUUUACUCCAUUUUAUCAGUGAAAACAUGUUGCGCUGAAUUUGAUCUUUUGCUGACUGUGGGGAAAUAUGUGAUUGAACGUAAUUCAGACAUUUUUAAAGAAGUGUAAAGACAUUUGUCAAAUGAGUACUGCAGUAUUUACACACUGGAUGCCUUGAAAAGGGUGAUAAAACUUAACAGUUUAUUUUCUCCGCACACAAAAACAAACUUUUAGUGGAGAAAACAUCCUUAAUACUUGGUUGUUUAAUUUCAAGGAUGUUGUUUUUUGUUAAAUAAAUACUGCAGUGUUUCCUUGACCUCAUCUUUGCUCUGGUCUUGCUUUGUUGUGAAUGAACGGUGUUUUGCCUUUUUGUAUGUUCCAUGUUCCUCAUGAUGACCCCCCUCCCCACCAGCUGCCACAAUAUCAAAGACAGGACAUUCUUUAUUAUUUACGUACAUGAGAGAAAUACUGUGGUACAUUUUUAAUUUAUUGAAGCAGUUCUUUGUUUUUUUGUGCACUGAAAUGAACUCUCCUCCGGUCUAAACUCUGUUUCACCUCAUCCACAAGACUUGAUCUCUGCAAUGAAAAUGAUCUCAGCUGUGAUUUAAGAAAUAAAAAAUUGAAAAGAAAAAAACA